AAGGAGUGGCGCGUCAUAUAACUGCGACCAUUCCUCGCUUCACCUCUAGUAAAUAAACAACUCGACUGGAAUGAAUUUCGGGUCGAAGACCUUCAAACCUCGACCACCUGACAAAGGAUCUUUCCCGUUAGAUCACUUUGGAGAGUGCAAAGCCUUCAAGGAGACCUUCAUGAAAUGUUUGCGAGACAACAAAUUUGACAACUCCAAAUGUCGACUGCAGUCCAAAUCCUACUUGGAAUGUCGCAUGGACCAUCAGCUCAUGGCAAAAGAACCAAUGGAAAAACUGGGAUUCAAAGAUAUGGUUGAUCCUCCUUCUAGUCAAACAAAUCAAGAUUGCAAACCUUGACGUGCAGCUAAUGGUGUUUCCCCUAUAAGCUUUGGUGCAGUGGAUAGUUGGAGGGUAAUGGCGGGGCGAGUGUCACUGACAAAAACACGUGCACCUGUGCCUUGGAUGAGUCAUAGAAUGACUAUUGUGCACUCGCUCCAUGUCAGUUAUACAUGAUAACCAUCAUAGUUUAUCAAAUAAAUCAAUUGAAAGAGUCCAAAAAAUUCCAGAAAGUCAAAAACCAUGGCACACUCGCCUGUUAUGUAAUUAAUGUGAUGGUUUCUCCUGUGGUGCACGGUGCGUGAAGAGCAUAUAUUUGUCAUUUAAAUCUAUUCUGAAAUGGCUUUUAUUGUAAAAACGAGAAUAAUGGAAGCACCUGUAAAAAGCCUUAAAAUGCCCUUUUUUCAAAGCAUUUAAGAUGCCUCUCACAAUUACGAAACAUUUUAAAUUAUGUUUGACAAAUUAGGAAACCGUUACAGACAUACAGUAUACAGUAUUGUACAGUACUAAGAAAACGUGCAGUUCCACAACAUCCCAUCUUGUCAAAGUAUUGCCCAGCUGAAAAAUGUUGAGUGAAUUGACCUGUGAGACAGCGCCUUAUGUUGGAUUUAUAGCGGCAACACCCUUUUGUUUCCUGUAGAUAGCGCCAUCAAGCCACUUUCUAUUUAAGUUAACAUUAAAAAAUAAUACGACCUGCCAGCGUCCAAAAUCCAACCCGCAGUAAGUCUCAAGUUUUUUUGUUUUUAUUUGUCCGACCGCUUCUAUGUUAGCUACCUCUCUUUGUUUAUAAUGUCUAUUUUCUGCUGGAUCUACUCUAUUUUAUGCUGCCCUUUUUUUUUUGCUGCAGCGGUUACAUAUACUGUAAUACUGUACAUCAGGGGUGUCCGAGUCAUUUUAGCUUAAGGGCCGCAUGGAAGGAAUUCUGUGCACACGCCGGCCGGACUAUUAAAAUCAUGGCAUUAAAACUUGAAAAUAAUGACGAC